CCGGCGGAGAUCGGGAACAACUUUGAUGCGGUGUGGCGGUGCGGCUGCGGUUUGCGGUCUGCAAGUCGGCAAAGUUUGGUGGUACAGUGUACUCCUUACUCCUUAGUAGGAUGUCACCACAUCCGGCGUACGAACUUGGGGUCUCGCAAAUCACAGGAACUGACCAGGGCUACUACGGAAGAGGCGUUUACCCUUCCACCCCCAGCACACACGAGCUGCUGUCUUCGUGCUCCCGGAAGGGAGGCCCUUGUUCAUGCAAACCUUAUCGGAUUCAUGGCUGCAUUCAGGUGGGGACCGCUGCAGCAAAGACUCCGACUCGAUCUAUUUAUGUUCUCAAGAUGUGCAGGGAGUUAGCUCCCCUUGCUACAUAUAUAGUACUAGGACAAUGUCAGUCAGAGACCCCGCAUCGAGCAGGGGCCAUGCUGAACCAAGGAAUCACCCUACAAAUGCGCCUCCUCGUCCCCACCCUAGAUCUGCAGCUCCAGAUACCUAGCAUGAAGCAUAAUUCUAACAAUAUGACAUUUGAAGUAUCAUCACUGAUUUUCCAUAACCUCCCGCUCCCCUAUGAAAACAACCUGAGCAAUGCAAGACAACCCGAUGUCAAAUAUCCCACACCCCAUGAAGCAAAUCAACCCCUCGACCUCCCGAAACUCCGUAAUGAACACCGAUUCCCCAGGUAUACAUGCCAUUAAAAGCCUUUUAAGUAGAAAACGACCAUUGCCCUCCGGGCGAAGAUGAAGAGCGGUGUUUAAGCACGGGUGGUGAAAUCAGUCUCGAGCUGUCCCACGGCCUCGUCAACCGCGCGGGCCUUCUCGC